CGCCUGUCUGUUGGGGUCGGAUGAACUGACAGAGAGCUUGGAUGUCGUGCUCCGGUUCUCGCUCGUCACGGAAACCACCGGGUAAUUAAAGAUUGAUAGGGUGUGACCCGGGCAGGCUCUUGUGGUGUCUCUUCUAAGCACUAACUUGACUAUCAAGCAACUUGAAGUCCAAGAUAUGGAGAGUCGACUGCUUCACUAUUUGUACCAAGCCAGGCAAUAUUAACAUUACCCACCUUUAAAUGAACUUUUGUCGCCAACAACGAUCGUGUCAAAGACGAAGAAAUGCGAGAUAAAUGAAGAUACUAGUAAUGCAUUCGGAUAAUGGACCCAAUCUCAGCAAUCGGCUUAUUAGCAUCAAUAUCCAGCCUCCUCAAAGCCAGCAAAGGAGUCCUAGAUUUUCUAAAGACAUUGAAAGAUGCCGAAAAAGAUCUUUCGCAACUCGCUAAUAGCGUCACUCUUUUUGAAGAAGCCCUCAAGGGCUUCGAUCGAGUACUACGCAGCCGUCAAGCUAAACACAACAUCUCAGAAGAGAUUCUUCGAAAUGCGAUCAGUGAAGGGUUCACGACUGUGAGAGACUUGGAGAAGCGGUUGACACAGGUAUACAAAACCGAAAAUUCGGCAUUACGGCGAAUGAAAUGGGUACAGCAUAAGUCCGGAUUCGAAAAUCUAGAUGAACGCAUAAAAAGUCACUGUGCGCAAUUGCACAGUUUUGUAUCGUUGGCACAUAUGGAAACGUUCCUUGCGGUGUGCAAUCAACAUCCACAACUUCUUGAAGCAUGUUCGACAAUGGUCGACGAAAUGAUAACAGAACCCCUUAAUGAUACAUCACCUCUACCCGCGCUUUCGAAAUACCCAUCGGCGAACUCAUCGUACAGCGCAUCAAUGUCCCUUGGAGGUACAACCCUUUCGGCGACAAGCUCUAUAUCCUCUGGAAAAGGAUCAAUAGCCACCUCAAUGUCGUCUGCUAGUAGUCAUCGGAGGAAUAGCAAGUCAAAAGGCUCACUUUCUGAGAGCGAGUUGGCAAUACUAGAUUCUGAUGUCAAAGAACAGUCAUUGAUUAUUCGUCGGGCGUGCCGAUAUGAUUGUUAUUGCAAGUGCCAUACACAGUUUACAGACACCUCAUCAAAGUCCAAGACUCGAAUAUACCGACAGAACAAUAAAUCAAAAGUUGAAUGCACUGAACCUGAUUGUGCAGCAGCAACAACGUCGUCUCAAAAAGGAGCCAUCCCCGUGUCGAUGUUUAAAAAGGCCAUGUCACACCUAGUAUCAGCAAACUCUAUCAAGAUUCGAUAUAAUUUAAAUACAUAUCGGAUGGUCCCAGAAGGCUCGAACGCUAUGCGAUACGUGAAACAUGGGAAUCUGGAAAAACUUAAAUUAGCUAUUGAGUCAGGGGAAGCGACUCCGUGGGAUACAGCGCCAGAUGGCUGGUCCCUUUUGCAUACUGCUGCAUACGCAAGACAGUUAGCUACAGUCGAAUAUCUUGUUCAACUUGGUGCCGACACAGAAACAUCUGACCUUGGCACAAGAAAACCUGUCGAUCUGGCAUUUCUCAAAUCUCGCGGUGCAGACGCUACCAAAUUGGAAAAAGACAUCGUGCAAGUCUUCUCCAAGGACGAUGAUUAUAUCGACGACUAUGAAUUCACCCCAAUCCACAUUGCCGUUCUCGACUUAUACGAACCCACCGACACGGAACGUCCGACUUUAGAACGAUUAAUUGAAUUUGUCGAUAACGCCAAUAAUGCACCGGCAGGCACAAAGUGGGCACAUUGGAAAAUCAAAUACCAAAAACGGUCACCGUUAUACUUGACAAUCAUUGAGCAGUUCCGAGCUACAGCAGCCGAGAAUGCAGACGCGCGCAAGGUGAUUCACAACCUCGUUGAUCAAAAGGACCGCAAGUUCCACUGGACGCCGUUACAUUGGGCUAGUGCUACAGGACAGGCAGAUAAAAUGAAGAUUCUCAUCAAAACCGGGGCGGAUCCCUUUAUUCAGUCCAAUCUGAACGCGAAUAUAAUCCAUGCUGCUGUCGAGUCGAAUGCAUUGGAGAGCCUGGCGUAUUCGCUAGAAAUUUAUAAGCGUCACCCAAAGCAUCUCAAUAUUGAUCAGGCUAAUAUCUGGGGAGAAUCUGCACUGAUGAUGGCCGCGCAGCGAUGUUCGGUCGAUUGUGUCAAGCUUCUCAUUGAAGCUGGUGCAGACCGCAAUGUCCGACAGGAAAACCAACAGGUUGCACUUCAUUAUGCAGGUCUUUCCGAUACAGGCGAAAGUAGACGCGAAACAGUAGCUCUACUCUGCAAAGGAAAUGGCAAUCAAACUAGUCUUGAUAUCGAUGCGCAAGAUGAGGAUGAUAGGCCCCCCAUCUUCGACUUUUUGGAUGACCUUGGUUGUAUGCAAAUGUUAAUUGAUCACGGGGCAAGGCUCGACUUGUUUGAUACCUCCGGGAAUAAUUUACUUCAUCACUUGUGUAUUCAGGGGGAGAACGAACAAUUGAGCAGCUUGCUACAGCUGUAUACCGAUAUGAAUCUUUUAUUGAUACAAAAGAACCAAGAUGGAAAUACUGCACUCAUUGAGGCUCUGCGCCAUGAGAAUGUGGACUGUGCGGUAACACUACUAGGACGCAAGGAUAUCGGAGACGCGGUUGGUCAAGAUGGAAUGGCUCCAAUCCACUACGCUGCAAAGAUGGGCAAUGUUACACUGUUGAAAAAGGUGUUAAACCAUUCGAGCUUUGUAAGAGGAUUAAAAACACACGAUGGAAAGACAGCUCGUGUUGUGGCAAUGGAGGCUGGUCAUUGGCGCGGGGAAAUCAAAAGCCUCUUAACCCAGUAUAAUGCUGUAAUAUGA